ACUCGAAGAGUGAGGCAAAAGAGACAACCUUUUCGUCAAAGGCUUAUGGGAAGGUUACAACUUGAUCUACUUCAAGUAAUGCAGAGAGAUUAUAAGCUCAGAUCUUAUACAUUGAAUUCGGUUUGCGCUCAUUUCUUGGGAGAACAAAAGGAAGAGGUCCAUCAUUCGAUUAUUACGGAUCUACAAAAUGCCAAUAGUGAGACACGACGCCGGCUGGCUCUUUAUUGUCUAAAGGAUGCAUAUCUCCCACAACGACUAUUGGAUAAACUCCUUUGUCUAAUUAAUUAUAUGGAAAUGGCCCGCGUUACUGGCGUGCCAUUUAAUUAUCUUCUUGCAAGAGGCCAACAGAUAAAAGUGCUAUCUCAACUCUAUAGGAAAGCCUUCGAACAAGAUUUAGUGAUUCCUGCUAUGAGACCGGAAGGAACGGAUGAUCCAUAUGAAGGAGCGACUGUUAUUGAGCCCAAAAAAGGGUACUACGAUGUUCCCAUUGCAACACUCGACUUUAGCUCAUUGUAUCCAUCCAUUAUGAUCGCCCAUAAUAUAUGUUAUACAACUUUGCUGAGCCCACAAGAUGUAGACAUUCUAAAAUUAAGGGCCGAUGUAGAUUAUAUUGUUACCCCUAAUAAUGCGCGGUUCGCAAAAAAGCAUCUACGUAAAGGAUUACUUCCUACUAUAUUGGAAGACUUGCUCACUGCACGAAAGAGAGCAAAAGCUGAUUUAAAGAAAGAGACCGAUCCUUUUAAAAGAGCCGUGCUUGAUGGCAGACAAUUAGCAUUAAAGCUUAGCGCAAAUUCCGUUUACGGGUUUACUGGGGCUACUGCUGGCAAACUACCCUGCUUAGAAAUAUCAUCGAGUGUAACUGCGUACGGACGCCAGAUGAUUGAGAGGACCAAACAAGAGUUGGAGAGUCAGUUCACUCAAUCUAAUGGAUAUCAGCACGAUAUUGAAGUAAUUUAUGGAGACACUGAUUCUGUUAUGGUUAAAUUCGGCGUAAACGAUUUGAAGGAGACUAUGAGAUUAGGGAAGGAGGCAGCAGAUUAUGUGACUGCGAAAUUCAUAAAACCCAUAAACUUGGAAUUUGAAAAAAUAUAUUAUCCGUAUCUUCUGAUCAGUAAAAAGAGAUAUGCUGGUCUUUAUUGGACAAGACCUGAAAAAUGGGAUAAGUUGGAUACAAAGGGUAUAGAAACGGUAAGACGUGACAAUUGCUUAUUAGUACAAAAUGUGAUCGAAACAUGUCUUCGAAAAAUCCUUAUUGACAGAGACGUUAAAGGAGCAGAGGAAUAUACAAAGCGUACUAUAGCUGACCUUCUGCAAAAUAAAAUUGAUAUGUCACAACUGGUGAUCACUAAAGCUCUUAGCAAAUCAGUUACGUUGCAAGAUUAUGCGGGAAAGCAAGCACAUGUAGAAUUGGCCGAACGAAUGCGAAAACGAGACGCUGGUUCUGCACCGACUCUUGGGGAUCGAGUGGCGUACGUAAUAGUGAAAGCAUCUAAGGGUGCCGCUGCUUACGAGAAAUCGGAAGACCCGAUAUAUGUUCUUGAGAAUAACAUACCAAUCGAUACCAAAUACUAUUUGGAAAAUCAACUCUCCAAGCCGUUGUUACGCAUUUUUGAACCGAUAUUAGGCGACAGAGCUGGAUCUUUAUUGGCGGGAGAUCACACACGUGUUAUACAAGUGGCGACACCGACAGUCGGUGGUCUAAUGAAAUUCACUGUUAAGACUGCUACUUGUUUAGGAUGUAGGACACCUCUUUCAAAACAUGGUAUACAGAAUCAUUGUCAGCAUGUGUUUGUCGUCACUGCCAACCAAAAACGGGCGAAUUAUAUCGAAAACAACUCGAUUCCGUUAACAAACUUGAAACUCGCUUUGCGAGACUUUGGACUCAGUGUCAACGAUGCCAAGGCAGUCUGCAUCAAGACGUUAUAUGCACAAACAGUAGCUGUCCAAUAUAUUUUGCUCGAAAGAAGGCACAGAAGGAUGUUCAAGACUCGACAACAGUUUUAG